CAGUAAUGAUGCACUUUUUGUCGAUGUUAUACAUACGGACGCCGACCCCUUUCUAACUCGUGGUGGGCUGGGUAUGAGCCAGGCCAUUGGACACAUAGACUUCUUCCCUAAUGGUGGUAGUGACCAACCGGGCUGUGCUCAGGACAAGAUCUCGUCCUUCCUGAACGGGGGUCUACUGGAGGGCACCCGACAACUGGUGGCCUGUAAUCACUUACGGCCGACGGAGUACUUCAUUGAAAGCAUUAAUCGCAACCAAAAGUCGUGUCAAUUCACGUCCUAUUCGUGUGAUUCGUGGCAAAUGUUUAUGAGUGGAAAGGGGUGCGAGUCGUGCGGCAAAAGGGGUCGUCUGUGCGCCCAAAUGGGCUACCAUUCCAUCGACUGGUUCCGUAAGCGUAGGAAUUCCAAGAACUUCUAUCUCAGGACUCGAGGGGAACCACCGUUUUGU